UUGUGAAUGGAAAACUCUUGCUUGCAGUCUUGCUGUGAAUGGGCAGUUGCUUUUGCUUCUGGAAGAUGAGGGGGAGAGGUAAAUAUCCGGAUUUCUGUCUUGUAGGGCUAGACUCCCUGCUUUAAGAUCAAUAACUGUGUGUACAUUGCUGAGGAUAGGUAGCUGUAAUUCAGUCUCGAUUUAUCUGCUUAGGUAGGUAUGGGAAAAAUCUGGGUUAUACCCUAAUCAAAACAUGGAAGUAAAAUGUGGUACAUGUCCCAGAGACACAAAAUCCCCUGCCAUUGGACUUUGCUACUGAACAAGGAAGAUAUUUAAAUGUGAAUCUAUGCUGAGACGUGUUUUCUUUCCUGGUGUCAACAGUAACACAGGGACAUUGGAGGCAGAGACAGCCCAGGACUACACGAUAAACCUUCCUGAAAAUGAGAGUAUAACCCAACUGCACCAGCCGGGUACCUGGGUUUUGCCCUCCCAGCAGCAGAAAAGUCUGCUGCUCUUCCUGAAGGGACAGCCCCAGAUCCUCGGGGUGGCUCAGAUCUUCACUGGGCUGUUAACGCUGUGCCUGGGUGUGACAAUCAGUCCUUUUUCUCCAUUUAACUAUGGACAUCGAUGUUAUAUGACCACUAAAAUAGGCUAUCACAUAUGGGGAUCAUUCUCUUUCCUCACAUCUGGAGCAUUGUCCAUUGCUGCUGGAAGGAAAGUAACCAAGUAUCUGAUCCAGCGCAGCCUGGGAAUGAAUACAGUCUGUGCUACUGUAGCAGGGUUUGGCACAAGUAUGAUAAUUUCUGAAGAAAUAUUCAUGUACAGAGGUGUGAUAUGGAGGUCUUCCUAUGGAAGUUUAUUUACAGGAAUGCUAAUUGGAAUGGUGUUCCUCUCUGGUGGAAGGCUGCAUUGCUUUGUCUCUCUCUAUAUUUGCAUGCAGUGUGGACUCUUCCAUCAACAAGGUGGUGGUUUUCUUGCCAAAUAAUGACAACAACCCUUCAGUAGUCUCCUGAACAUGUGUAUGAUGAGGUCGCAUUUUAGUAGAUCACAGUGGUUUGGCAUUUCCAAUCAGUUUGACAUAUUUAUUCUCCUUCGUUUGGCUGUUUACCACAUACAACUAAGACUGUGAGAAUACAUCUGUUUGACUGUCCUUAAAUUUAUAUA